GCCCGCCGAAGCCGCCCGGUCACGUGGUGGAGACGAUGCCCAGUAAAUCCGUUGGGGCGGGGCCAGGGCGGCCGUUGAGAGUGCGGCGGGGGUAGAGGCGGCGACGACCGAGGCAGAGGGUUGGUCCUGGGCUAAUAUUGGGGCCUGGGGGCGCCGAGGGCCCGGACUUUGGGGAGCGGAGACCCCCGGGGGGUGAGCCGGACGGGAGCGGACCCCUGAGCUUCGAUUUCUCCUUCGACUCGCCGAGAGGCCGACCCCGCCUUCGCGAUGUCAAGCGGCCAAGCCGGGGCCCCGAAGAAGGGCCGAGGCCCUUCCGCCGAUCCCGGCCGGGAGGAAGGCCCGACCGGGCGCCCCUCCGCCUCCGACGGGGCGGUGGGUGCGAAGGGAAGAGCGGCUUCGGGAAGGAGCCGAGGCCGGGAAGGCGGGAGGGAAUCGCUCGGUGAGCGAGCCGCCGAAGCCGGGAAGUCGAGCCUCCCGGGGACGGCUUUCCCCGGGGAGCUGAGCGCAGCCGGACGGAUGGCCGAAGAUUUGAGGGGAGCAAGUGACGGGAAGAGAACGGAGACCAUUGAAAUGGAGACCUGCCUCACGGUCGUGAGGCCGCAGGACAAGAGGAAGGGCCAGAAUGCCGAGCCGGCAGCUGUGGGCACGGAGAAGAAGACCGAGUUUUUGGAGAAGCUUCACUUUGUCCUCCACGAUGCCUUAUUUGAAACUUGCUCCAAAAAACUGAAAGCCAAGAGUGAAAAAGACUCCUCAGAGACGGUAGAGGAGUCAUCCCAAACAGAAGGCCCCCCGGCAGUCGAAGGCUCCCAAAAUGAGGAGAUCUCAAGAGGGCCGAGUCAGACGGACGCCGCUCAGGGAGACCCGCCCGCCAAUAUGCGAGGCUUUGAGGAUAGGAUGGAUUUUCCCGAUAGUCUCUCCGAUCUGUGUGAGCAGGGUGUUUUCUCCAGGUUUGCCAUCGUCGAGGACGAGCCUUUGGCCUCCGCUUCCAAUUUGCCUGAGGGACGCAAGGAGACAGAACGGCCUGAGAGACAACAGCUAGCCAGUAUCAGAGCUGAGGAUGGGGAGGAGAAAAGUGGGAAGGCCCUGGCCUCCAUGAAGACCAAGGCCAGCAAGAAGAGGUCAGAAGAGCGUUCUAAGAAGGAGGAGGAAGGUUCCGGUACCAGAGAAGAAACCGAAAGUGCCAACGACCUGAACCAAUCCUUCGGAGAUCUAGACUGUGAUGUCGAUAACCUUUUCUCCCCAGGACCUUUUCUGGAUAACUAUCUCUUCUCUGAAAAGGAUGCCGAGGAAGAGAGGCAUCAGUCCAUAAGCGACGCAGAUAAGGUUUGCACCUCUUUCCUUAAUCAAGAUUUCUGUAAGAGUUCUUUGGAGCUGGAAAAAUCAGGAGUGCCUCAGGAUCCCCUGAAAGACCAUCUUUGGACUCCUUUGAAAGAUUUGCAUUACUCCAGCCUCCAAAACCUGAGUCCCGAAGCGCCAAAAAAAAUUUUAGUUAGGCAGUUGGUCUAUAAAGAUAGAAAGCUAAGCACCGUGAUGUCUCCUGGUACCAACUUUGAGGAAUAUCAUGGAAACUCACGUUCUCUGUUAGAUAUCGCGGGGGACCUAGACUACAUGGAGUCGGUGGAGGGUGCAGACGGUUUGGAGGCAAGUGGGAGUGAAGGACAAGAGAGAAAAGAAUGGUCGAAGGGGAUCAAGGAUCUACCAAAAACAGGGCAAUCCCUUGGGCCACCAGCUCCAGAUCUUACUGCGGCCAGGCCUUCUGCUCAAACCAAAACCCCGAUGCGGGGACGGGCAGCCGGCAGCUCCUUCCCAGACCCUGAGUCCAACGAACCCAAACCUAAACUUGGCAAAAAGCAAACGAAGAGGGCGUGUCCUCCUCGCAGACAGGUCCGAGAGAGACAAGCUAACAGCUGGAAAGAAAAUGCCAAAGAAACUCCUGAUGCAGCCGGAGGAACCAGCAGUAAAGGAGAGGAAGAGAGGACAUUGGUUCACCAAGCAAAUGGUGUGAAAAUGAUGUAUUACUUAGUGUCUGGAUCUGUGGUCAGGCUCCUGAGAGCUGCAGACCGGGGGUGGGAGUUGCAUGAGCGGCAGAAGCUGGAGAAGCGGAAGGAGCAGUCAGAUCCUGGUUUGUCUCAUCCUUCCCAGGCUGCGGAAGAAGGGAGAAAGAAGUCAAGAGGUAGAAAAGACUUGGCUGAAGAUAAGAAGGAAUCUGAAGUCACCCCCAGUGACCCGCGCGAGAAGAGAAAACCCUCAAAACCACUGAAAGCUCCCAACCCGGCCAAGAAGCCCAAGAGCUCAGUCAAACCCCCCACAAAACCAAAGAAGAAAAAUAAUAGUCAUCCCCAAAAAGAGAAUUCUAACCCUACGACCACUUCGGACCAUAUGGGAGAGAAAGUGCGCAUGACGGUGCAGGAGUCGCUGAGUAGAGUGCUGGUGAAGAGGAAGGAGGAGGCCCCGGACCUGACCAUGAGCGAGGAGGCGGUGGCCGACAUUGCGACCAACAUCGAGGUGGCCUUGUUCAAUCUCGGGCACAACACGGGUAACCACUACAAGAACAAGUACCGGAGCCUGUUUUUUAACUUGAACGACAAGAAAAACAAGGACCUAUUCCACCAAGUGAUUCAGGGCGAGAUCACCCCAGAGGACCUUGUUCGCAAGAGUGUUACCGAGUUAGCAUCCCAGGAACUGACAGAAUGGAGGAACCAGAAAAUGAAGCACGACCUGGAAAUCAUAGAAAAGGAGCAACGGGAGGCCCCCAUUCGACGGAUCACCAAAAUUACCCACAAAGGGGAGAUAGAGAUCCAAUCAGACAAUGACCAGGAUCUGACCCUGGAGCACCUAUCGGAGCCCGUGGUGUAUGUAGAUCGCAAGCUCCGCCCCCAGCCGGUCCUACAAGGAGACAGAACUGAACAGCACGAGAAACACUUUCUAGAUCCCAGCUGCCGCAUCUGCACAGGAUGGCAAGCCCCUCGUGGGGAGAGGGGCUUUAACCCCCCCCAAAUGAUCCCACCCUCGAGGCCGAAUACAGUUAACACCUCCAAGAGCACCAUCACCGACCAGCUGGCCCAAGUAGGCCCCCCGGACGCCGAGCCCACCAAGACAGACCAAGGCCAACGGACUGAGCCCCCAGACAGCCUCGAGCCCUCGGCUGCCCCGGGGAAUGAGCCCGGUGGGCUGAAGCCGAAGCUGCCCCAGUGGACGACCUUGUGGGAGGGAGCCUUCAAGAUGUUCUGCAUUGAGCAGUUUGGGGCCAAAAUCUAUCUCGUCUCUGGGUCCGGCAGCCAGUUAAUUCAGAAACUUCCAGCAGUUGUCCGGUCCUCCGGCUUCAUCCUCCCCAAGGUGGCGUGGGAGAACUUGGACAGGAUCUGGCCGACAGAAGCCCAGAACAUCUGUCUAGUCCGCAUCGCCCCACAAGGGUCCCACAGCUUCAAGUAUGGCAGACUGCUCUACUCCUUCCUGAGUGAAAAGCAGUGCUUCGGCGUGGUCGACAGCGAGGAGCUGGAUAUGUACAUUAUGCCACUUCCUGCCUCCCAGCAAGUGCCCUUCAAGCUCUACCCACUGCGUGGCCCAGUGCUGGAAGCCAUGAACUACAGCUUGCUGUUGGGUCUGAUCCUCCCCAAAUCUCCACUCAAUGAGCCCGGGACCACCAGCCCCCCAGCCGACACCCCAGAGAUGACACCCGAUAUGGUCACUGUCGAGGAGCAGACGGAGAUGAAGUGUUACUCGCCUCCUCGCAAGAGGCUCAAGAGUCCUGUGGCAGGCAAGACCUCCGAGCCCCUUCCUCCCGAGGCCCCUGGCACAGGGCAGCCCGCACCCUCGGAGGAGUCAGGCCCCAGAGACCCCCAGGCGAGCGCCUUGGAGGAGCAGCUAAGAAAUGACGUCCGAGAAGGGGGCGACUCGGACCUGGGGCCGCCCUCUCACGGGGUUAGUUCCCACCAAGGGGCAAGUGCCAAUCCCAGUCUGCCCAGCUCUCCGGAGAGUACGGACGCUGGUUUGGGAGGCAAACCGGGCCUCCCGGGCCUCUCCUUCUACCCACGCAGUCAGUCCUCUCACUGGCCGGUGGGGCCCCUGGGCGGGCCGGCCCCCAAGGAGGACCCGGGAGGGCAUCUGGGUGCAGGGUGUGAGGAGAGGGUGAGGUUAUCUGGGGAAAGGGGAGCCUCUGGCCUGAAUCCACCCGGCCUCCAGUCCCUCCACCCCAGGCCCCUUGAGCUGUCCUCAUUCUACUGUGUCAACCAUGGAGCAGCCCAGCCCUCACCCCAUGCCAGUCUGGCUGCUCCCCAACACCCCACCCCACCAUCCUUCCAAUCCCACUUGCCUCUUGGGUCCAUGUCGUGUCAUCAGUCAGCUUUCAACUUAGUCUGUCAUCUGGAGAAUCUGGUGAAGAUGAGCAACCAGAUUAAGGCCUCCCUGCAGCCGGUCCAGGCCUCCCUGCAGCCGGACCAGGCCUCCCUGCAGCCGGACGUGGCCUCCCUGCAGUCGGAGGUAGCCUCCUUGCAGCGGGUGGCACUGCGACUGGCCUCCGUCAAUCGGGCGGCGCCAGAUCCAGCCUCCCUGAAGCAGGUGGUGCUGGACUUGGCCUCCCUCGACGGGGCGGUGCCAGAUCCAGCCUCCCUGCAGCUGGAUGCGGCCUCCCUGCAGUGGGUGGCACUGGACCCGGCUUCUCUGCGGCGGCUGGCGCUGGACCCAUCCUCCCUGCAGCGGAUGGCUCUGGAUCGGGCCUCCUUGAAGCAAGCAGUCCUGGAUCCAGCCUCCCUGCAGCGGAUGCCGCCUAACCAGGUCUCCCUGCAGCGGAUGACCCUGGAUCAGUCCUCCCUGCAGCAGGCGGUGCCAGAUUCAGCCUGGAUGGUACCGAACCCGAUCUCCCUGCAACCGAAGGCUCCGGACCCGGUCUCCGUUCAGCAGGUAGUACCGGAUAAGGCCUCCCUGCGGCGGGCGGUGCCGAACCCAACCCGGAUGGUACCGAACCCCGUCCUGCCACGGAUGGCUCCGGAUCCCAUCUCCCCGCAGUAGGUGGCACCAGAUGGCACCAGAUCAGGCCUUCCUGAAGUGGGCGGUUCCGGAUCCGGCCGGCUGGUGCCAAACCCGAUCUCUCUGCAACAGAUAGCUCCGGACCUAGUCUCCCUGUAGCAGGUGGUACCGGAUCAGACCUCACUGCAGCGGACGGCACCGGACCCGUUCUCCCUUAAGCGGGCGGUGCUGGAUCUGACCUCUGCAGUGGACAGCUCUGGAUCCGGUCUCCUUGCAGCGGGCGGUGCCGGACCCGGCCUCCCUGUAGGGAGCUAGCUCAGCUACCCCCAAGUGCCUCUGAGAGCAGUUUCGUGUACCCUUUGUGGGGGUCGACUCCAACUGUUUCUUGUGUCCUUUUGUGGCUCACCCCCAAGCCCCUGCUUCAUCCCACUGUUGCUCUUUGUUCAGGCCCAAGGGCCUUCUGUGAAUCUUUUAACAUUGACCCUAAAGGUGUGUCCUCCAAGUCAGGUUACACAUGGCGGCCUGUCUACUAGGCUUGCCACCCAGAGGAAAUAAUUUCCCAGUUUCCAUUACCCAAAUCCAAGACUAUGGGGCUUCAGAGAUCUCUGAUGCCAUCAGCCUUCCUCUCAGAAGGGGAGGGGCAGCCCGAGCGUGAGGCGAGGCUCUCAGAAAUCUAGGGUCGGCUCCUCCCCCCACCUCCCCUCUCAAUUUCUCCCACAGCCACAACACACUUCCUUGCCCCCUUCUCCCGGCUGCCCCCCCAAUAGAUUUGUUUAUCCCAAUUUGGAGGAGCCCCAAGGCUUCCCAGAUUGGGAUCUGGGGGACGGUGGCCCCAGCAGGGGGAGGUAGGAUGAUCCCACCCCAGAAGGCCUGUAGCACUUUUGGCCCGACUUGGAGGAAACCCACCCAGGGUCUCUGUAAGUUUCAAGUUUUACAUUCCUUUUACAUGUUAAAUGUUUGUGACAAUAAAAAGAGUUAAGCACACCCUGCA